ACGUUAAUGGACGCUUUUCCUUUUUUCUUUGUUUACUCACUGUAUCGAUUCAGCUCUUCAAAAUAAACCCAGUAGUGAAUUAUAAAGCGUAUAUUGAGUGUGAAAACAUACAGAUAUGGCUGUGAUACUUGUUGCGCUGCAUUGUUGCGUUAUUCCCACUUUUGAAAGAAAAGAGGUGUAGCCGCGGAGAGAGGGGGGAGGGCUGAAUCGGUGGCAGAAAUUUAUAGGGCGUAUGAGGAAGUUAUCAUAGAUAGACGGGGGAUAAAAACACAGCAGCAGGGUCUUCACUUCAGCCGGAAUACAGCAGGAUCUGCCACGUUUAAAAUGCCCGCAAAGAAAGUCUGCAUCGUAGGAUCUGGAAACUGGGGCUCCUCCAUUGCCAAAAUAAUCGGGCACAAUGUCAAAGCAUCCAACCGGUUCGACCCCAUGGUGAACAUGUGGGUUUAUGAAGAGAUGAUUGAUGGGAGGAAGCUGACAGAAAUCAUAAAUACAGACCACGAGAAUGUCAAAUAUCUAGCAGGACACAAGCUGCCCAGGAAUGUGGUGGCUGUUCCAGACAUCACAGAAGCUGUCAAAGGAGCAAAGAUCCUGGUCUUUGUAAUCCCGCACCAGUUCAUCAGCAAACUCUGCGAUCAGAUGAAACCUCACAUCGCAGAGGGGACCAUUGGGAUAUCGCUCAUCAAAGGUAUUGAUGAGGGACCAGAUGGACUAAAACUCAUCUCAGACAUCAUCCGAGAGAAACUGGAAAUUGAGGUCAGCGUCCUGAUGGGGGCCAACAUCGCCAGCGAGGUGGCAGAUGAGAAGUUCUGUGAAACCACCGUCGGGGCCAAAAAUGAGGCGAACGGCCUCAUCUUCAAAGAGCUGCUUCAGACUCCCAACUUUCGCAUCACUGUCGUCCAGGAGAGUGACACAGUGGAGCUGUGUGGAGCUCUCAAGAAUAUCGUGGCAGUAGGCGCUGGAUUCUGCGACGGUCUCGGAUUCGGCGACAACACCAAGGCGGCGGUGAUCAGGCUGGGUCUGAUGGAAAUGGUCGCCUUCGCCAAGUUGUUCUGCAAAGGCGAAGUGAGCUCCGACACUUUCCUGGAAAGCUGCGGCGUGGCCGACCUCAUCACCACCUGCUACGGGGGACGGAACCGCAAAGUGGCCGAGGCUUUUGCCAGAACCUCCAAGUCCAUUGCUGAGCUGGAGGCAGAAAUGCUCAACGGGCAGAAGCUUCAGGGUCCACAGACCUCAGCCGAGGUCUACAAGCUGCUACAGAAGAAGAACAUGGUGAACAUGUUUCCACUGUUUUCUGCCGUCUACCUGAUCUGCUUUGAGGGCAAAGAGGUGAAAGAGUUCGUCACCUGUCUGCAGAACCACCCAGAGCACAUGUGAUGGGACCACACUGCCAACAUGUCUGCUGCAAUAUCAGUAUACUACCACUAGAGGGAGGAAGAGAUUUAUCAGAAACGCACAAAACAACAAAGCAAAGUGCAAUUUUACUUAUGUUUUAUUGGUGACAUUUGAUACUAAAGCAUGCAUUAUUCUUUGUUUUCAAAAAUCAUUUUUAAAAGUGGAUUUUGAUAUUAUUUUGUUAAAUGUUCUUUGAAAUUCAUCAGUGGCAGCAGCUCCUUUUAAAGCAGACCCUUACAUUUCUUUUAUUGCCAAAAAAGUCAUUUUGUAUACGGGUAAAUAAAAGGUAAAAGGUAACACUGUCUGUUUGUUUGAUUUACUUUUCACUACAUGAUAGUUGGUUUACAAGCUAAAAUUGAAGAAAAAGGACAGUUGUUUUAGGACUUCAUAUUGAGUUUCUCAAUAAAAUAAGUUGAUAAGAAACUGGAAA